AUGGCUAAUCCACCUGACAACUCUGGUGCCAAGAAGGAUAGCAAAUUGACUACCUUCCUCAAAAACCUUAUUAUCCCAACCUACCUGCCUUGUCUUCAACAUGAGGAGCUUCCAAAUGAAAUCCGAAACGUUAUGUUGGUGGCGGUUGCUUUGAUUGCUGCAGUGACCUUUCAAGCCGGAGUCGCUCCUCCCGGCGGAGUUUGGCAAGAUGAUAAAGUCGAUCCAGGCGGACACAACGCGGGGCAGGCUAUAUACUCUUCUCAACCCGUAGCCUUUCAUUUUUUCUUGAUUUGUAACACCCUGGCCUUCUCCUCUUCCAUCUAUCUCUUACUAUCUCUUACUUUUGGGUACCCUUUCUUCUUAGAAGUAUUAGUUGCCACUUUCUCAAUGUCCGGGACUUAUGCAGCUGCAAUCUUUUCCGUUACACCUGAAACUGUCAAGUUUCGUCUCAUUGCUCUUGUUGCGGCUCUGUCGAUCAUAAUACGGCCGGUGAUCUGUUCCUUGUCCUGGAUGAUCAAGAAAGGUUGCUUUAAGCAUGAGAAAACCAACAAGGAAUUAGCUGAAACUACUGAGAAAUGUUGA